AUGGAAGAUUACUACUUUAACAGCACCUCACAGGACCAAAGCUAUAACUACAGCUACAGCAGCAACUAUCAGAGUUACAUCAACAUCACUGUGACCGACUAUGGUUACAACUUCACCUCUGACUACUAUGAUUACAGCGAGUAUUGCAAAAAAUGUUUCAUCGUGUAUGUGGUGACAUGCAUAAUCAUCGCUAUCGGCCUUCCUCUGAUCCUGGUGGCCAUCUAUGCUCUUUAUUCUAUGGUGAGAAGUGAUCAUGUUGCUCCCAUCUACCUCAUCAACCUUCUCAUUACCGACCUGCUUCAACUCUGCUUCAUGAUCGUUGAGGUGGCACAACCUGAGGAUUGGAAGAUAUCUGAGAUCUUUUUCUAUUUUUAUCUCGUUGUUCUGGUUGCCAGUGUGAACUUCAUGGUCUGCAUCGCCCUGGAAAGGUAUUUGGUCAUCGCCCACCCACUGUGGUACCACUUUGGACGAACCAUCAAGAGCUCUGUGGUGGUCUGUGUCCUGGUCUGGGUCAUUUCUCUUGUCUUUGUCGUCCUUUUCUAUUUCGUUGAUUAUCUGGUCGCCAUCAUAAUGUUCGUCAUCCUCCAGCUCCUUCCCUUCCCGCCGUUAAUAUUCUCCCUGGUUGGGACCCUCAAAGCCCUGUCUGCUACCAUCUCGGUCCCCUCUGAUCAAAAACGAAGAAUUGUGGGAAUUUUGGUUCUGGUGCUGCUUAUUUACACCCUGCUGUACCUGCCCAACAUAAUUUUUUACCUAGAAGAUCUGAAAGAAAAGUAUGAUGAGAACCUCGACAUCCUGUCUUUUAUCUUCGUGAAGUUCAGUCCUCUUGCAGACUCAGUCCUGUAUGUCUUCAUGAGGAAAGGGACCAUAGACAAGCUUUUGGCCUCUGUGUGUUGCUGCAGAAUGGACAGCAAUGAUAUCAGCAGGUCAUCAGUAUGAAUGAUGACAACAUUUCCACAGUCAGCUUCAUGUAGGCAGAGAAAGAGGGAGAGAGAGAAAGGGGAGGAAACAGGAGGAGAAAUGGAGGCCAAUAGAAAGGAUAGAGACGAGACAGAUCCUGUCAUCUACUGAGACCAUUUCCAAUAAGACACCUAACUGUAGAGAACAGGAAGCACUGUUUGGACUCUGCUGUGGGAGAAGUGGCUGCUGGGAAAUGUUUUGGUCAACUUGCUCUGGUUCACUGUGAUGGCUUCAACACAUGGAAAUAAAAUGUGUUUUAUUAGUUUGGA